AAUAUCCUUCUCUUCUCUCCUCUCCUCUCCUUUCUCUCUCUAAAUUAUCUCUUUCGCCAAAUUCUUCGUUUCCAAUCCAAUCGCGUCGCUUAUUUGUCCGAAAUCCAACGUUUCUCGGACACACCGAUACGCUUUUAAUGUCCGAACAGAUUCUUUCUGGUUCUCACCAGUUCAUAAAAAAUCCGCUUUAUUAUUUUGAUUUUUAAUUUUUUUUUGGCUCGCUUUCGACAUCCUUGGAGUGUUCUUGAGCUUCUUCUUUGAGGCGUUUGUGUGGGGGUUGAAUUUCUCGGCUGUUUAAUGCUCAUCCCGACUCAAUGAGAUUGCUCUCUUCCAUCACAAAUGGCCUCUGCUCCUUCCAUGUCUGUUUCUUUAGAAUGCGUGAGCAUAUGUAAUUUGCCGAAGGGGGAUGGGAGUGGGAAAUACGACUGCAACAUUCUGUCGUGUGCGUGGAAAGCUCCGAGGGUCCUGACCGGGUUCCUCGCGAGCACGGCCCAUUCUCCUCAGUGCUCUUCUCUCUUGUCGAAUGCGCGAAAUGGAAGAAGAACAAGAACAAAUAUCAGAUGUGAAUCCUCUAAUACAGGUGGUUGGUUCGGUAGUGAAACUUCAGAUUUUACACUCGGAAACGUCUUUAGGUCUAGUUUACUUCGUGAUGCUUGUAAAAGAUGGCAGUUGUGCUGUUUUUCAUCCUUGACUUCAGAUGUCUGUGACGAGGUUACCCCUGAAAGGUUGUGGGAGAAUCUUAGACCCGUUAUUUCAUACCUUCCAUCUAAAGAACUGGAAUUGGUCCAUAACGCUCUUAAGCUAGCUUUUGAGGCUCAUGAUGGUCAGAAGCGACGCAGUGGAGAGCCCUUCAUCAUCCAUCCAGUUGAAGUAGCACGCAUUCUAGGAGAACUUGAAUUGGACUGGGAGUCAAUUGCUGCCGGAUUACUACACGAUACAGUUGAGGAUACCUAUGUUGUGACCUUUGAAAGAAUAGAAGAGGAGUUUGGUGCCACUGUGCGCCGCAUUGUAGAAGGAGAAACCAAGGUAUCUAAGUUGGGAAAAUUGAAGUGUAAGAAUGAAAAGGAUUCAGUACAAGAUGUAAAAGCGGAUGACCUGAGGCAGAUGUUUCUAGCCAUGACAGAGGAGGUUCGUGUUAUAAUCGUCAAACUAGCUGACAGAUUACAUAACAUGCGUACUCUUUCACACAUGCCUCCACAUAAGCAGUCCAGCAUAUCAAGGGAGACAUUACAGGUCUUUGCUCCUCUAGCCAAGUUGCUUGGGAUGUACCAAAUUAAGUCAGAACUUGAGAAUCUUUCCUUCAUGUAUACAAAUCCUGAAGAUUAUGCUAAAGUCAAGAGAAGAGUUGCAGACCUCUAUAAAGAGCACGAAAAGGAACUUGUGGAGGCAAACAAAAUUUUGAUGAAGAAGCUUGAGGAUGAUCAGUUCUUAGACCUUAUGACUGUGAAAACUGAAGUUCGUGCUGUAUUCAAGGAUUCUUACAGUAUCUAUAAAUCUGUGCUGAAAUCUAAAGGAUCAAUCAAUGAAGUUAACCAAAUUGCACAGCUUCGUAUUAUCAUAAAGCCAAAACCAUGCGUUGGAGUUGGGCCUUUGUGUGCGCCACAGCAGAUUUGCUACCAUGUUCUUGGAUUGGUCCAUGGAAUCUGGACUCCCAUUCCUCGAUCAAUGAAAGAUUAUAUUGCAACCCCAAAACCUAAUGGUUACCAGAGUCUCCAUACAACUGUAAUCCCUUUCCUUUACGAGAGCAUGUUUCGGCUAGAAGUACAGAUAAGAACUGAAGAGAUGGAUCUGAUCGCUGAAAGAGGCAUUGCUGCUCAUUAUUGUGGGAAAGUAUUUGUUACGGGUUUAGUUGGACAUGCUAUGCCUAACGGUAAAAGUUCAAGAGGAAAGCCUGUGUGUCUGAACAACGCAAACAUUGCACUCAGGAUUGGCUGGCUCAAUGCAAUUAGAGAAUGGCAAGAGGAGUUUGUUGGCAACAUGAGCUCUAGGGAAUUUGUAGACACUAUCACAAGAGACCUGUUGGGUAGUCGUGUCUUUGUGUUUACUCCAAGGGGAGAGAUAAAAAAUCUGCCCAGAGGAGCAACCGUGAUUGACUAUGCUUACAUGAUACACACUGAAAUUGGCAACAAAAUGGUGGCUGCGAAGGUCAACGGAAAUCUUGUUGCUCCCAUGCAUGUACUUUCAAAUGCUGAAGUUGUGGAGAUAAUCUCAUAUAAUGCUCUUUCUGGAAAAUCUGCUUUUCAGAGGCAUAAGCAGUGGUUGCAACAUGCAAAAACGCGUAGUGCUAGACACAAAAUUAUGAAAUUCUUAAGGGAGCAAGCUGCGCUCUCAGCAGCUGAAAUAACAGCUGAUUCAGUAAAUGAUUUCGUUUCUGAGGAGGAGAGUGAAGCAGAGGAACUGCCAGAUGCCCUAAAAGGAUACAAACCUGUGUGGAACAAAAUCCUCACGAACGUCAUGGGAUUGUCAUCACGAGGUCGUGAUUCCAAAGGUUCUGUUCACAAUAAAAAUGGAAGUGUUUGGGUUCCGAAGGUGAAUGGGAAACACAGCAAGCAUGUGCAGAAUGUAAGUUUGAAGGUUGAAGGGGAAUUGUUGCCGCAGGGAAUUAGUGUUGCCAGGACGAUGCAAGCUAAUAUUCCAAUGUACAAGGAGGUCUUGCCUGGUUUAGAAAGCUGGCAAGCUGGCAAGAUAGCAUCUUGGCACAAUAUAGAAGGCCACUCCAUCCUCUGGCUUUGUGUGGUUUCUAUAGAUCGAAGAGGCAUGAUGGCUGAGGUCACAACAACAUUGGCAGCUGCAGGGAUCACAAUAUGUUCUUGUGUGGCCGAGAUCGAUGGAGGAAGAGGAAUGGCUGUCAUGUUAUUUCACGUUGAAUGCAACAUAGAGAAUUUGGUUAAUGCUUGCUCCAGCAUUGACGCAAUUGUCGGUGUAUUGGGAUGGUCUACGGGUUGCAGUUGGUCAAGUUCAAUCGAUAACCCAGAAAUUCUUGAAUGCUAAUUAAUCGGUGGUACCGGCCAGCCAACUAUCUCACACAGCAAUGGCAGGCUUUGGUAUAAAGUUUUGUCCUCAGAAAUUAAGAUUUCAGUACGUUAAAAAUAGAUUCCCGGUAAAAGAGCUUUUUAGUUUUUUCAUAUUAAUUUGUUGGACCCUCGGUAACAGCCAGUUGAGCAAAGUCUCUGGAUUCAGGGCACUGUAUAUAGGAAAAAUAGUGCAUAGUUAGGUUUAGCAUACAUUUUGUAAAAAAUAGGGGACAAGUGAAACACCUAUACAGAGGUUGUACCAAUCUUUGUGCAAUACAUAUUUUUGCUGGAGUGGUACAAUACAUAUAUUUUCUUUUCUGAAUCCUGCCAUUACUCUUUCAU